AUGUUCUCCAAAGUUAAGUCCAGUUUCAGCAGAAGCAGUAAUGACCUGUCCGAGGGGGAGGACAGAAAUGGAGAUGGUUUGGGGAAUCCGGAAAAGAUAACUAUGAAGAAAGUGCGGGUCGUGCUAUACGACGAGGCGAUAACAUAUAGCGAAAAUAACACCUACUACAAAAUGUCUAACGUAUACAACUGCAACAAUAUGGAUUCCUACAUCGAUUAUGUGAAGAGGUCGAACUACACGAGGAGUUAUGAACAGGAGAUGAUUUACAACGAGGCCCUCAGCCUGUACAACAACCGAAACAAGUACAUUCGGAAGAAGUAUCAAAAUAACUUUUACGUUAAUAUAAAAAGGAACUUGCGGCGGGGGAGGUACUUCGGAGAUGACAACGACGAUCUACAGGGGGUAGAGGCGGGUACAGAGAAUAACCUAAAGGGAACGCCCCAACCUAUGGAUUACACACAUGAAAGGAACCUGAACGAGUACCUCUACCGGGAAAAGAAAAAAGAGCAAGCAAUUCUGUUUAGGAAAAAGUACAUGAAGUUGUUUGCAGAGGGGAGAUUCAGUGGAAAGGGGCCCAAAGACGCACAACACAGGAGAAAAAUUCUCCUGGAAGGAUUAACCAACAACAACAUUACAGUAGGUACAGUAAAAAAAAAUGACAGCUUGUUUUCUCAAAAGGGAACAGACAGUGGUCUUCCCGUACCAGCCCCUGUAGAUAUUUCUCCCGGGGGAAAUAGAUCCAAAACAAAUAUAUUAAGCGAUUUGCGGGAUCUAAAUAGCAUGAGUGAUUCAAGCAAUUUGUUAGAAGAAGAGGAAGAAACUAACUUUCUAGAACAACUAAUUAAAUUAAGGUAUACCCCAGAGUAUAUAUCUCAAUUAAGUGAUUUAUUUGAAAACCCAAGGACAUUGAAGAAAGCUAAUAUUAAAGUGUUGAAAUGGUUGGAUUAUCAAUUAAGUAAAGGAUACUGGUUGGAAAGGCUUUCCUUAUUCCUUCUCGGUUUAACCAUAGCCAUUGGCGUUGGGAAUAUAGAAACUUUUUGGUCAUUGAUGUCUACCUGGCAUGGAGUUAUAUUUGUUCUCCCAUAUAUUAUAUGUUAUUGUUUUGUUUCUCAUCCUAUCCUUACAUUCGAGUUGUACGUAGGACAGCUGAUUCGGACAUCGUCUCCCUUUAUCUUCUAUAGACUACUAAAACAGUGCGCAUCUGUUGGAUUCCUAAUGGUUCUAACGUGUCUCAUAAAUGGCUACAUAAAUACUUACAGAACCGCUGCAGAGUAUUUCAUCUAUUUAAUUAAUUCAUUUAAGAAGGAUCUUCCAUGGAAGCUAAGCAACAGCGAAAUAAAUUUCUGUACUAGUAUUAGAAAUGAUUUCAUAAAAUGCCAUAAGUACAGACCACUCUGCUUUUACUCUAAAUCCAUUUCCUCCUGUGUCCCAAACAGUUUAGGAAAAGCCUUCCUAAUAUAUCAGAACAAAUUUUUUCCACACAACUUUUUUUAUGAUAGAUUACUUCACAUUAAUAGUAGUGAGAAUUUCGCCCAUAUAUUUUCUGAUGGAAUAUCAUACAUCGAUAAGGAUACUUUUAUCUUUCUUUUUGUGUGUAACUUUUUUGUUACAAUUUUUCAGCUUCUGGGAUUAACGAACUUUGCCUUUUCCUCUGCCCUUGUUCUACUACUCAUCGGAUUUCUCUCCAUCACGCAAUUCGCCACCAUGUUCAACUUGACGAGCGCCACGCAGGCCUACGUUUACGUUCUCAAGUCCUGGAAGUUCUCCUAUCUGUACACCUACUCCUCCAUCUGGUCCCAGUGCGUUUCCUUCUCGCUGUACGAGCUGUCUAUCGGGAUGGGCAUCUACGCCUCCCUCGCGACGAAAACCAGAAUCGGAACCAACUUGGCCUUCGACGGAUAUGCCAUCACCACGUGGAAUUCCAUCAUCUCCUCCCUCAUGUUCUUCUCAGCAGUUUCUGUCAUCGGCUUCAUCGCAAACAGCAUCAACACCAACUUCGUGGACAUGCUGGAAUUUUCGAGGAAGGAUUGCUCCUUUAUUCUCUUCCCCGUGGGGUUUACGUACCUGCAGAAGAUGGAGAAAACCCUGUGCAUGCUGUACUACGGGUCUUACACCAUCCUGUCAUGUGCCUCGCUAGCUAUACAGUGUGAAGUCCUAGUGAUGACAAUACGAAACUUCAAAUUUUCCAAGAACAUUCAGAAGCGAACCAUCAUUUUAACUCUCUCCUUGUUCUUCUUCUUGUCUUCUUUCUUCAUCUCCAACAAGGAUACAAAAAACAUCCUAUGGUUUUUGUCCCUUACUAUAUCGGAAAAUGCCCGAGUCUUCGUCUCUCUCUUAAUAUGCAUCAUUCUCGGUUGGCUCUACAACAUCGACUUUCAGUGUCGCCAUCUAACCAGGAAGAGCGUACUCUCAUUCAACUUGACCUACUGGACAUUGAAUUUAUCCAUCAGCAUCCUCUUUAACUACCUCCCCUACCAUGUGUACGUACUGUACAUUGUGAGGGUAGGAAUAUUCGCCAUAAGUACCCUGGUUGCCAUGUGCGUCUUCAAGAAGGAAAUAAAUACGAAGAAGGGGAAGAAGAAGAAAGAGUUGAACAAUCUUACUUACAAGGAAAUUCUGUACAUCCUCUACAUCGGGAACAUCGAACAACUACGGAAGGAGCUACAACGAAUCAUUAGCGGGAAUGUGUUCAUGGGGAGUAUUUCUAUGGCUUGGUCUGUGUGCAUAAAGUACAUCGGGACGUCCAUUUUGCUUUCUGCCUUUAUUGAAUUUGCCGACGGGGUGUUCUAUAGCAACGAGUUGAAGGAGAAGAUGAAGCUCAUUCCCCAGGGGUGGGUUAUCUUUGCCAUUCUCUUCUGGGUGUUCACAUUGCUUCUAUUGGUCCUCUUCCCGCUGUUUGUCACGGCUUUCGAAAAGUGGUGCGCCCAUGAGGAAUGCUUCGCGGAUUUUUCUCUGCUGCCCUCGAAGCCCCUCAGGGAGAUCCACAACUUCAGUAUCCUCUCCUACUUCUGGGAAUUUACUGGCACGGAAACAAAAAAAAGGAAGAGGCACUCCCCGAUGGUUGCCAUGGAGUAG